CCAACAUCGGUCAUUUUGGGGACACAGCAGUGCGGCUCAGCUGAACUUUCUCUUUCGCUCCUUUUUGCAUACUUUGUACAUUUAUUGUUGCCUGCACACACACCAGGACGGCCAUCUGUUCUUUCUCGUUCACGCGCCGCUCGCUGCUCUCCCUGUCCCUUUGCUCGGCGCUCUAUGCCCUCCGUCACCACCAUCUCGACCCUCGCGAACCACGCGGAACCAGUACCCGAUCCCGAUCUCGAAUUCGAUCGCACCCUCCAAUGCACCAUUGCUCCUCGACAAUAACCUCCCACCGCUCCCUCCCAGUCCCCCGACCGUCACCCAACCAUGGCGCCCGACACACACUCCUCCCUCCCCCUUCUCGACCCCUCCUCCUCUCACGCCAACUCCAACGAUGACCGCGGCCGCCGACGCGCCCCCUCCCCCUCCCACCCCUUCCUCCCCGACCCCGAUCCCGACUUCGACCCCGCAACCGCCGACCCCACCCCUUUUUCCUCUUCCGGGCCCGGCGCCGCUCGACCCUCCAACCCCCGCCGAACAACCUCCACCUCCCUCCGCUCCCUCACGCCGACCCCGCUCGCUUCCCAAGCUCUCCACCUCGACACCACGCUCCGCUACCGUUUAGCGGGCUUCUUCCUGCUCGUCUCGCUCGUGGCAUUCACCGUCCAAACGGAGCUCGCUUCCAUCGUCCAGCAUGAUUUGGGUUGGGACAAGGCGUAUUGCAUGUUAUACCUUACCCACGGCUCUUGGGUUUUCCUGUUCCCGUUGCAGUUGGGGGUGUUGAGGUUGAUGAAGCGGGAGAUGCCUUGGCGACAGUUUUGGCGCGGGGUGUUGUGGGAGGUUAGGGUUGUUGGUUCCAUGGUUGAAUACCAGAGGUUGGAUGUACAGGUGGGGAGAGGGAGAGGGAGGGGGAGGGGAGGGCAAGGGCAAAAGUCGCCAUGGCGAUAUCUGGCGUACACAACGGCGGGGAUCACUUGUGCCUUGACGGUUGCUGGGCUGAGUUGGUACCUAGCCGUGAGCAUGACCACGCCCUCGGACUUGACGGCUAUCUACAACUGCAGCGCCUUCUUCGCGUACGCGUUUAGUAUCCCGUUGCUUAAAGAGAAGCCGCGGAUGGGCAAGAUCGUUGCUGUCGCCAUUGCUAUUCUUGGUGUCCUGAUCGUUGCCUACGGCGACGGCAAUCCCGAUUCCGGAUCAGGAGACGACAUCACCGGCGGCACACGUUUCCUAGGCAACAUGAUCAUCGGCGUCGGCUCCGUCCUCUACGGGUUGUACGAAGUGCUAUACAAGCGUUUCGCCUGUCCGCCGGAGGGCACGUCAGCGUUUAGAAGCGUCACCUUUGCCAACACCUUUGGGAGCAUGAUCGGGGUCUUCACCAUUUUCGUGCUCUGGAUUCCUAUCCCCAUCUUGCACUGGACGGGGAUCGAACCGUUUGAGGUGCCCACGGGCAGGGCGGCCUGGUUGUUGUUCUGGAGCAUCGUCAUGAACAUGAGCUUUGCGGGGAGCUUUCUGGUGUUGAUCUCGUUGACGAGUCCCGUGUUUAGCUCGGUGGCGAGCUUGUUGACGAUUUUUAUUGUGGCUAUGUCGGAUUGGUUCAUGACGGGGAAGCCGCUGAGCGGGGCGUCGAUGUUGGGUGGGGUGUUUAUCAUGACGGCGUUUGGGCUGUUGAGUUGGUCGACGUGGAAGGAGAUGGAGGAGGAGGAGGUGAGGAGGGGGAGGGUUAUUGCCGGCGGCGGUGAGGAGGAGGAGGGGGAUAGUGGGAGUGAUAAGGAUGAGGAUUAGACGGGUUUGGAGGAUUGCGCGUUGGUAUUUUUGGUGUUUUCUGGUUUUUUUUUGGGGGGUUCUUUUUCUUUUGGAUACACAGAAGUGACAGCACAUAUAGUCACACGAUAGAGAUGGUCUGGUACAAACCGUAUUGAGAGGCUAGGGUGGCAUGUUGUUUUGGAUAUUGGCGGCGUUUAGAUGACCAUAUGGCAUAUAGAAGGUUAUCAUCUUUCGCACAUUUGGGACGGGUCAAAUACACCAGGCCCCAGAUGACCAGCUGCUUUGACAGCGUUAGCAAAUCUUCUUCCUGUCGAUGAGUUCACCACAUGGAAC